UUGCCAAUUCCAUCCUCUGGUUCUUCACUACAUAUAAGCCACUGCCGUGCCUCUUCUCCCUCUCGUAGCUCUAGCUUCGUUCACUCACUGCUCGGUGUGGGUGCACACACACGCACACAUACACCUUUUACCUUGCCAUGCCGGCCACCGCCGCUCUCUGGCCGGCGCCGGCGCCGGCGUUGGCCGUUGCGGUGUGGACGCUGUUUGUCGCCGCCGCGGUCGUCGGCCUGUGGACGCUGCUAUCCUGGCCCGGAUGGAGGCGGGGCGCGGGCAAGGAGCAGGCGGCGCGGCUCCCGCCCGGCAGUUUCGGGUGGCCGCUGGUGGGCGAGACGCUGGACUUCGUGUCCUGCGCCUACUCGGCCCGUCCGGAGGCCUUCGUCGACAAGCGGCGGCUCCGGCACGGGAGCCCGGUGUUCCGGUCGCACCUGUUCGGUUCGGCGACGGUGGUGACGUCGGACGCGGAGGUGAGCCGGUUCGUGCUGCAGAGCGACGCGCGGGCGUUCGUGCCGUGGUACCCGCGCUCGCUGACAGAGCUCAUGGGCAAGUCCUCCAUCCUCCUCAUCAACGGCAGCCUGCAGCGGCGCGUCCACGGCCUCGUCGGCGCCUUCUUCAAGUCGCCGCAGCUCAAGGCGCAGGUCACCGCCGGCAUGCAGCGCCGCCUCGCGCCGGCGAUCGACGCCUGGCGCGACCAGGGCCCCGGCGCGCUCGUCCGCAUCCAGGACCACGCCAAGGCGAUAGUGUUCGAGAUCCUGGUGAAGGGCCUGAUCGGGCUGGAGCCAGGCCCGGAGACGCAGCUGCUCAAGCAGCAAUUCCAGGAGUUCAUUGUCGGCCUCAUGUCCCUUCCGAUCAAGCUGCCGGGGACUAGGCUCUACAGAUCCCUGCAGGCCAAGAAGAGGAUGGCGAAGCUGAUACAGGGCAUCAUACAGGAGAAGAGGAGGCGGCGGAGGGCCGUCCCCGACGGCGGCGAGGGGCCGCGGGCGCCGCGCGACGCCAUCGACGUGCUCAUAAGCGGCGGCGGCAGCGACGAGCUCACCGACGAGCUGAUAUCCGACAACAUGAUCGACCUGAUGAUCCCCGCCGAGGACUCUGUGCCGGUGCUCAUCACGCUCGCCAUCAAGUAUCUCAGCGAGUGCCCUCUGGCUCUGCAGCAACUGGAGGAGGAGAACAUGCAGCUGAAGAGGCGAAAAACCGACAUGGGCGAGGCCUUACAGUGGACAGACUACAUGUCAUUGUCAUUCACACAACAUGUGAUAACGGAGACGCUGCGGAUGGGCAACAUCAUCAAUGGGAUCAUGCGCAAGGCGGUACGGGAUGUCGAGGUGAAGGGCCACCUCAUUCCCAAAGGUUGGUGCGUGUUCGUGUACUUCCGAUCGGUCCACCUCGAUGACAAGCUCUACGAUGAGCCCUACAGGUUCAAUCCAUGGAGGUGGAAGGAGAAGGACACGAGCACCAGCAGCUUCACUCCUUUUGGUGGUGGGCAGAGGCUGUGCCCGGGCCUGGAUCUGGCCAGGCUGGAAGCUUCCAUCUUUCUCCAUCACUUGGUCACCAGCUUCAGGUGGGUGGCCGAGGAGGACCACAUCGUCAACUUCCCAACCGUGCGGCUGAAGCGAGGCAUGCCCAUCAGGGUCACCACCAAGGACGGCUCUCACUAGCACCCCGGAUCAAAUCAUUCUGCAAGCACCAUCUAUCAUCAUAUAGGCUCCUCAAACAGCAACAGUGGAGGACCCUUGGCUUGAAGAUAAACAUAUGGCAACAACAUCUAGAGACAUUGAUCCAUGGGUCUCUAGGCGAAACGCGUUGCGGCUCCACAUUGCUAUGCGUUUGGAUGUGGAGGUGUACAGAAGAGAAGAGAGGAAGAGGAAGGGUUAGGAAGCUUGAUCUGCCAGGAAGUACACUGCUAAUGUUUAAUUAAUUAGUACUAAGAUAAGAGUAGUAUCAGUACAGUAUUAUACUAUAGCCAUGGCCCAUCAAAGACCAUCUCCUGAUGCAUAUGCAUGGUGUUAAUUGUAGAUUUGUUAUAGAGUGUAUUAUUAUUAUAUGAAAUGUGCCACAAGCAAGGCAGGGAUUGGGAUUUGGGAUGGUCCACAAGGCCCGGCUAAAAUGAAAUGGGUUAAAGAUUA